AUGCCUUGUAGCAGGGUUCCCUUUCUGCUGGUCUGCUCACUGUAUCUGAUCAUCUACUUUCACGCCGCCAAUGGCUCGGUUUUGGCAGGAGCAGUUGAUCGUAACAGCGGGAACAGACAGCAUCGGGCAAUGCGGCGAUUAGACGGUGGGCUGGAACAGGUAGAGGAUCGCACAAACGCUAUAGAUCAACCGCUGGAUCAAGCACUCCAGCUUAAAUACUACGAUGUGGUUGCGGUUGACCUGGUCCACAGCCUUCCGUCGCAGUCUGACUCGGACUCGAUUUCCCUGGUAGCAGCUGGAGCUGGUGAAGGUCCAACGAAUGAUCAGGGCUCCGAAUCACAGCCAUCGCCAUCGGCAACACCGACCGCCACAAGCGGCAAGAGUGAAUCGGCGAAAACGCUCGCGGAUCAGGUAGCGGAAGGCAAGUACGGUCUAAUUCAUCGCGAGUUGUUCCAGCGUCGACCGCAGCGACUCGGCGUCCUCAACUAUCGCCGUAACGAGGAGGUCCCGCUGGACGAUGAGCGCAACUACGGUGGGUUGCGUCCGGACGAGAUCUGGCUGGCCGAGGAUCAUCUACUCGUACUGAAGGGUGGCUCGAUCAGCUUCGGCAGCAAUCGGUCCGGGGCGGGCGAUGGUGCCAGUGCGUGGCAACCGAUCGACGACUACCGGGCCCCGGAUCGGCAGGUCCAGAUACCGGCGAAUCCGGCCGUUCCGCCACCCUUUCCCGUGCAGCUCCGCGAGAACGGACCAAUUGAGUUUAUCCGUGGUCGUCAGGUGCCGGCAUUUAAUCCGUUUACUAACGAGUCGGCGUUCCUCUUCACCAACAAAGCGUUCCCGGUCAUUCGGCCGGAAGAUUUCGGUGGGCAAAAUAUACUUGCCGGGCCAGCGGCGAACAAUGCUACUGGCCAGCACCACACCGGACUCCAGUAUCCGCCCCCGGUCAACCCGCCGCCCGUUAGUGACAAUCGGACGUACUCGAAUCCCUUCCUGAAGCUGCCACCGCCGGGACCACCGUUCGGGCCACCGAUCGGCGUUGGUAUUGGUGGUUCGCUAGACGAUGUGCGCAACCGUACCGGUCCAUUCCCGAUUCCGCCGGGUGACGAGGAUGAUCCGUCGCUGUACUAUCCACCACCGUACACGUUCGAGUACCGUGGCAACUACACGAACCCGGUACCGCCUGGACCACUAGUGCCAGGGAUUAUUUUGCCGCCGCCUCCGAAUUUCUUCAUCUUAAAACCGAACAGCACGAACAAUGCGACGGCAGGACACGUGGCCGAACGUCCGAAGGUGACCAAACCACCGAAACACUACGUCAGUGUGCGGCCACACCACACAACCACAACAACUGUGCCACCACCGUCGGCCAACAGUGUGACACCGCCGAAGAUUGUGCCGUCGCGCGUCGAAAUACAGAAGGCUGUGCUGAAGACGUUCGUGCCAGUGCUGGAGGUGUACGGUGUACCGCCGAAAACAUCAUCAAAGCCCGCAUCGAAACGGCCCCGCCCGAAACCUACCUUACCACCACCGACGGCAAGUACCGUUGCCGCGACAACGCCACUACUAACACCGUCGACGAAGUUGCACAAAAUUCCACAAGAAACAACGGCCCAACGGCAACCCGCACCGCCUGCACAUCCUAUCUACGCCGAGUACUUCGACAUUCGUACCUCGACCGCUAGUCCGGCGGGAUGGAAUGACGUUGGGUCGUCACCGGUGACGCCACAUCUGCCCCGCACGUACCUACCAGUCGUGGGCAAAACACGUCCAGAACCGGCACGACCUCUGCCGCCACCAACCUCACCCGACUACCUGUCCGGAACGUACGGCUACAGCCCGAUCGAGCAAUUCCAUCGUGAGGUUCAAACCAUUCGCCAAACGCUGCAGAUCUACGAGAAGGCCAACAAGCUUACCAAAGCUGGCCGAACGUCCAAAGCGCACCAGACCGGACAGUCGCUUACCAACCUGUCGCUCGCGUUCGACGGCAACGUGUACCGUACCCUGUUCCCGGAGGAAGUUGUUGCGCCGCAAUCGAUCCAUGUCGGCGGAUUGCCGACCUACCAGCAACCAUCCUACAAACCACAGUACGACCCGGCACCUCCUAAUUACGUUUACCGAUCGGCAGCGAAUAGUGUCGUAUCGCCUAACCUGCAAACCGGCUACUACGUUACCACCACCGAUUACGGGCGGCAUACGACAGGCUUCGGCGAUCAUCAACCACAGUACUACCACCAGCCGUCCGCCCUCGCACACCACGCACAUCCACCGCCACCGCCAGCGCAACCGGACCUCUCGUACAUUGCGCCCGUCAUCCUCAACAAUGGUGCGAGCGGGUAUAACAGGCGUCCCGAAUUCGAUCCAAGCGCACCGGGCACCACCACCAAAUCCUACCUCAUCCUGGACCAUCGGCUGCCGGGCGCUACCCGUCUGCGGCCGGACCGUCAACGGCAACCGCUCGGCGAUAUUCCCUACCUGUAUCGCACCAACACCGGACAGCAGCAGGGCGUCGAGCAGGGAGCUCCGGUACGGAAUCGAUAUCUCGAGAGCGAUAUUCUCGUCAACUACAAGCAUCCACUGCCGGUGCUGAACCCGGACAGUGAGUUUCUGCCCUACCACCACCGGUUGAAGGUGCGCAAGCGGCAGAAUGUAAGGGGCGCCGGCGAGCAGAAACCACGCUAUCUUGGUCAACCGCUCUACAACCAUCGGUAAGAGCCGUCACCCGGUGUCGUU